AGCCCUGGUGCUGUGAGCUGCUCCCCCAUGGAGCACAAUGACCUUGGGGCUGUGAACGCUCUGGGCACAGCAAGGAACAAGCCUGGGAGGUGUGCACGGCCCUGCUUGGAUAGUUGGGAUGGAUGUGCCCGGCUCCUGGAGCACGGCCCAAGGAGAGCCACGGGACUGGGCGUGAGCACAGCCCCAGGUGAGCUCCAGCAGAGGGGAGCUGGAACCCCAACACCACCACGCUGGCAAGGAGGACAGAGGGUCCCCACCAUCAGCCUGGGCAGCACUAUGGAGGGGUGAGUGCAGCUAAGGGCAGGGGGAUUGGGUUCGAUGCUGAUAAGAGCGUUUUUCUUUUAACCCUUUUCUCUCUAAUAGCCUCUUGUUGCUCACGCAGCUAUAACCGGGUUAACCAGCACUCUUCGGCUGGGUCGUUAAAGCCUUGAAGCAGGCGAACAGCGGGUUCACCUCUGCUCCUGUUUCUUGUAGUUUUGAAGCAACCCUUUCUGUAAAGACAGAAAUACCCUUAGGAGAGCCAAAGGAAAAGAAAAAGAAAAGAGAAUCUCCCAGUUAAAAGCAGAAGGGUAACUGUUGUGCUCCCAAAAGCCGCCUCUCCCCGCAGUUUUGGACAAAAUGGCAGAGCUGGCUAACUGGGUUAUUCAGUGGGGCCCCAACCCCUGGGGUCCCAACUCCUGCAGAAGCAUCCAGCAAGCAGACCUGGAGUUUGCCAGGUUGAAAGAAAUGGCCAAGCUGAAACUUUUCUCCCGCAAAUCCCUGAAGUGUGCGGGAGCCUGGGCCGUGUGGUUAGCGGCCAAAAGUCAGGCUGAGGAGAAGGAGGCGGCCCAAGCCGAGAUCCAGAGGCUGAAGGAGGAGAACGGCAAGCUGAAAGCGGAGAUAAAGGCCCAGCGGCUGAAGCUGGAGGAGGGCAAAACUCGGGAGAGCAUUGCGGCUGUGGAGCAGGUGAGAAGCGUCCUCCAGUACCAGGAGGUGUGCGAACAGAAGAAGGCGGUUCUGAGCGAGAACAAGGCGCUGAAAGACAAACUGGCUGUCAGCACGAGGACCGUCGAGGAGUUUCAGGGAGCGAUCCGAGCGCUGGUGCAGAAAAUACAGGCCCUGAAAGAGAAGGGCGCGGACCACCGAGCCUGUGAGGCCAGGGUGGAGAAGUUAAAGGCAGCCUUAGGGGCAAAGCACAGCGCGGCCGCCGCGGCCCUCGCCAAAACAACCUGCCAGGGAGGCAGCGAGCCCUGGGAUGGAGCAGCGUGGCUCGAUUCAGAGGGCAGCCCCUGUGAGGAGAAGCGCGGGGCUGCAAGCCCCUGUCUGCCAGCUUGUGAGGGGGGGGAGAGGGGUCAGGCAAGCCCCGUCACGCUUCCCGGUGCCCAGGCUGCUGUGAAAAGGGAAAGCGGGGGGAUGGAGGAGGGGGAGAGCAGGGGAGAUUUGCACCUGCAGGCAGAUGGAGGAACCGGGGGGGAACCGACUGGUGCCCCAGCCCCGCACCAGCACAAGGCAGCCAGCGGCCAGGCCUCAGGGCCCGCCUGGGCACGGGAGGACGGAGGGGGCUCUGGUAGAGGGCGCGGUGGCAAAGGGUGGAGAAAUCCUGAGAACAAAAGGGACUGGGGAGUGCUGCAGACCCCCGGCCUGGCCGCUGCCUCGCCCCUGCUCCCAUCGGGAGGGAGGUGGCCGGGCAGGAGGCCGUGGCAGAGCGGCACGGGGUCCAGGCUGGGGGCGAGGGGUAACGUGGCCAGGAGGGAGCUGGGCACGAUGCGCGUGGACAUAUGGCGGCAGCUGAGGCAGCACGGGGAGGACAUGGCCCGCUGGGAUAACGCCCCGACCAGGGCGCUGCUGGAGCGGCUGCUGGAGCUCAGUAGCCCAGAAGAAUAA